AUGGUGCAAUUAUUCCCAAGAGGCCUUGAGGUGACAGCGGUGUGCGCCAAAGACUUGGCAAAGCGGAAACUGAUCGGCACACAAGGCAUGUACAAAUCUUCUUCAUACCCGUACCUGGCGUUUUACAUUCAGAAACGGACAAAAUUCACCUGGGUCGCUGUCAAAGGAGGUGUUAAACCAGAAUGGAACCAAACGAUAAAAUUCAAUCAAAUCCACGACAGCAACUCUCCAGGAUCCACAACGCUGACCGUAUCUUGUGUGCACAAGAAGACGGGAGUCAAGCUGGGCCAUACCGACGGCCUGAUUGGCAAGUGCGAGAUUGACCUCAAGAACACCCUCUUUGUCUCGCAAAGCGGCGUUAUCGAUGGAUGGUACCAACUGAUGCAUGAUGGCAAGGAGGUCGGGAAAGUCCAGCUCAGGAUUGCAUUAUGCGAACCCUCUGCUGAAGAGGACGAGUCCGAAGAGAAGCCAGUUCGACUCGACCCAAAGAAAUCCCGACCUGACAAGAAGACGGACAAGAAGACCGAGGAAAAGACCCUUUCCACGAAAGCCUCCGCACCAUCCUUGUCGACAUCCAAGAGCAACAGGAUCAACAACGCAUCGUCACCACUCGAAUUCACUCCCUCCUCUUCGUCAUCAUCCAACAACAACAACAACAACAACAACAACAACAACAACAACCACAAACAAGAAGUCCCUGAUAAGCCAGGAUCUAUCCAACGGAACGGCAGUCAACUGAGUCGAACUCGAUCUAUGCAGGACUUCAAGGGACGCAAGCAGACGAUCCGGUUCCAGGAACCCAACAUGCGCACGAUGGGAUCCCGGUCGUUGGAAGAGGUCCGGGACUCGACGGUAACACCCUUGGGCAACAACUCUUCCUCCUCCGAUGGCGACUCUCUCCAGACGAACGAGAAUGACGAUGACGAGCAGCGGAGCAUCAGUAGCCCGAAACAGACCUUCACCCUACAGGACAGCGAGGGUAACAUCAAUCCGUUGAAUGUUCUGAUUGCGCCCUUUGACCCGAGCUGGCUGGAGCCUACGCCACCCAUCUUGCGACGAGCUCUCUCUGCGCAAUAUUAUUAUGACGACCUCCAAACACAGAUGGCAACCAACCCGCGUGAUCUUUUCCCGCGCCCUCAGUCGCAGCAAGGGCACAUUGGAUUUCCCUCGGAGCAGCAGCCACAUUAUAUGUCUAAUGGCUAUCAGAACUUUCAAUCGUUCGGACAGGGAUACAAUGGUCACUUUGAUCAGUCUCAGCCUCAGCAACAGCAAUAUCAGCCUCAGCAACAGCAACAGCUACAGCCACAGCAGCAGCAGCAGCAGCAGCAACGACCUUUCGGCGCUGGAGUAAUGCAACAGCCCAGCCGACAGGGAACCAACAUACCGACCCCUCCUCUUCAGAACUGGCCGUCUCAGCAGACACAGCAGCACCAAACCCAACAACAGAUUCCCUAUCAGCCUCACACGGUCUUCCAACCCCGACAGUCGCGCAACAAGAUGUUUGACAUGAGUGGACAAUCCAAGUAUGCAUCUCUCCCUGCUCGAUACCAGAUGCCCGCUAGUCAUAUGCAGCACUUCCAAAACAUCGACUCCGCCACUUCUGGACAAAUCUCGACUCAGGGCGGUAGCCAUGGUCAUGGUGGGAUGGCCAUGGUAUCGAUGGCAGACCAAACCUCUCAGACUCUGCACAGUCAACCAAUCGUCACCCAGAUGCCGACAUUGGGACCAGCGGCGGGUUACUUGCCUGACACGUAUUCUCAGGAACACCAGCGAGCACUGUUGAAUCAGCUGGGUCAGCCUUUGCCCCCACAGACCAUGCCAACCCAUCCAACCCUCGGAUCCGACCCUCGUCUCAAUAUCGACAGGAAUAAUGGUGUCUACAGGAUGCAAAGCGCAAUUCCUGAUGCUGAGCGACCAGAGCGACCUGUUACUCGGAACACGUUUUAUACCAACCAAUCCCCCACCACCACAGCCGUUAUGACCAAAAGCGGAAACGGCAAUAAUGGACCAGGACCAAGUCAACCCAUUUUUUAUGCAUCACCGAUACCUCAGGAGCAAAACUAUGCGGUUGGACGAGGCGGAGGACUGCACUCUCAGCAAUCGUCAACGUCCUACAGCCACGGAAGAACCACCUCCUUGGAUGGAGCCAUCGAGUCCUUCAGCACCGUCCUCAAGUCACCUGCAGCCCCCAUCCCUGCCAAGAUUCCAGUCCGGGCCAAGGAUGCGAUCUUUGCACAGUACACACCUCGAUCGGUCGCCUGGGAUGGCAAAGACAUUCAGGAUUCUCUCAGCGAUGAUGUGGGACGACGGAUCCUGUCCCGCUAUAUGCUUGGAACGAGUCGUGAGAGGAAUGUCCGUGAGGGAUUCUAUAUCAAGGAGAAGAGCCCCUUGUUUGCAGACAGCAAGACUAUUCAUCAGCGCCAACAGCAGCAGCAGAGGAGAUCUAAUCAACAGCAGCGACCACCCCAACCUCUGCGACAGAAUACGAUGCAGCAAGAAGGUAACGACCGUGUUAUCCUCAAGUACAUGCGGUCGAAGCGCGAGUGGGAGAUUGACUGCGCCAUGAUGCGAUACCUGACGUGCCAGAAUCCCGAGGCCAAGUUGGAGAGUCAGUACCUGGACUACCCGCAACCGCAACAACACUGCCAGAUCGUCAACCCGUUUGUGUUAGGACUCUACGAGACGUUCAACCACCCUCUCGGUACCGACUAUGAGCACCGGUUCUUAUCUGUUGUGCAAUGGUACCCCGAAACGCUUCUGGACUACAUCAGCGACAGGACGGCGUCAGGAGGAGGGUUGGAAGUGACGCUCCCGGUUGUGCGGUCGUUGAUCGAGUCUGUCGAGUGGAUCCAUUCCCGAAAGAUCUGCCACCUCAACAUCAAACCGACCAAUUUUGUCCGCGACCCUUAUGCUUCGUCGUCGAUGAGUCUGUUGAGGGGCUCUGGGUGGAAGUUGAUUGACUUUGAGGCGGCGCGGGUGAUUGGUGAGGAGAUUGUGGGUCGAUGCACGUUCUCGUAUGCAGCGCCUGAGAUUCUGGAGGGUCAUUCGACGGCGACGGCGGUGCGUGCGAAGGGGUCGUUGGAUAUUUGGUCGUUGGGUUUGGUAAUUUACGAGUUUUUGACCGACCAGCCUCUUUUCCAGACAGACGAGCAGGCCAAGGAAAAGCUGCUUGUUUCGGGCGGCGAUGCAGGGAGAGGGGUGCAGGUUCGAUACUAUGACAGCAAGCAUAUCGACAAGGCGUACCAACCACUGUUGGACGCCAUGCUGGCCAGGGACCCCCAGAGGAGAUUGACGGCUUCUCAGAUCUUGAAUAUGGACCUGUUCAAGACCCCGAUCUCGCCUCGACCCGUCCCGCAGGACCAAUUGCUCCGCAACAACAACAUCCAGACGCUUCGGGAUCUCAAAGAGACACGGCUGUGUAACCUCAGGGGUGGAUACAUGUCUGGCGGGUCUAUUCAUGGAGGAAGCGAGAACGGAAUGAACGGGCAUGGCGGUUCUGGAGAUCAACAUCAGCUUCUGGAGGGGAUUGGACGGAUUCUUGAUUCUCCCUUUGACCAGGUACCUCGGCUGUUUAUGCUGUUCCCUCCGAUGACGCAUGACUUGGAUCCUACUCAACCGUUCAGUGCGACCAACUUGUUCCAAAACAAGGGUGGGAUGCGUCUGGUCCUGCUCUGCGAGGGGCUAAGCGGGUACGGUGAGGAUGCCCAUGUAACGGAUCAUCGUGGGUACGUCCUUCACGACCCCGCGGCGUUUGUCCAGGAUGUCGGCAAGCUGCUGUUGUACCUUGUCGCAGUCGCAGGAACCAACAACCCCGGGUACGAGACUCCUGGAUUGGAGAAGCCCCUGACGUCGACAGGAACUCCUUUGGACAACUGUCAACGGUGGUACCCUUCCCUCCGAUCGUACUAUGAGAUCUUGAAUUCGGCAAUUCAGAGGCAACUUGGUGGACCUACGCCUUCAUUGAAUGAGUUGCGGUCUCUCCGUGGUCCUACACUCAAGAGCUUCGAGAGCUGGCUAGCACGCCUUGUCCGGAAACAGAGCCAAAUCCAACAACCGCUCUCCACAAAUAUCCGGCGUCAACCAUCAACAGUCGCUCCAAGUGAUACCAUCAGCCAUGCAGGACUACCACUCGGCGGCAGUGGAUACGACGACCUCUCAGAUCACUUGGAAGAAUUGGGAUUGAGGGAUACUUCGCCUCCUGAUGUUCCUGAAGUGACGGGUCCGGGAGGUGGAUUGGGGUACGGAGGGUUGUACAAGAUGCCUGUGGGAACUUGUGGAGACCGAUGGAUCUGUCGUGGAUGUGUGACGAAGCAGAUGGCUAUGGCUGCUGAGGCCAAGAGUGCUAGUCCCGUGGGAGGACAUGGACAUGUUCGACGCGGGUCGUAG